GCCUACUGCAGCAAAGCUGGCUCUGAUUGGAUUGUAGGUCUGCCGUAAAGCAAGUUUCUGUAGUUUUUACUCGAACUACAGGACCGCGACCCAACGGUUGGAAACUUCUUUAGUGCAGUUUUGGCUGAUAGAGGGCUGCAAAGCGAAUGUGAAAGUGCCGUUCACCCUGGAUGAACGACUGAAACUUUUCUGGAAACGUUAUUUUAAGGUAUUAGACAGGAGGUUGUAAUCUGGCGGGCACUAUGACCUAAACAGAGGCAGAGGUUUUCACUGACUGGAGGCUUUCACAUUCACCUGCUGUAUCCAUGAGUUCAGUGUGCUAUCAGCUCCCUGUGGACAACAACAAAGGUACACAACAUGACAGAAUGUAUAAAAAACUGUUGCAGGACGUUUGAGCCCGAGGAGAAAGAACCAGAGACUCAGAUAAUUAAGGUUCAGCCUCUUCGUAAAUUAACACAUGAGUAUAAUGUGAACAAAAAUAUUGGAGUGUCAGAGGAUUAUCUCCUGUCCAAACUGCCUCCUGACGGCCGGGAGAUUCCCUUCGUCCUUCCAACCUUUAAGCCUUCCUACGUUCAGCCGAAAGACACGCAGUACUCCGACUACAAUGUUAGAGAACAUGGUCCUACAAGGACCACAUAUGCUGAAAGGAAGGCAGAGCUCGCAGGACCCGGUCAAAUUGUGUACGACCCUGUUUUGGCCUUAAACAACAGUCAGAUAACCAGCUACAUCUCACCUGGUUCAUUGAGACGCCCCAAUCUGAAGACAAAAACCAACAAUUGCCUCGGCUCAGGUUGGGAAAGUAAUAGCAAACAGAGACUCAGUCACUCCAUGUUCGAUUUGUCAAAUCCCCAGGGCCAUGUACAGCGGUUUAAUUCUGUAUCCAGUGUCCUGAGCAGCGCAUCCUCCAUUACGGAUUCCUUUGGGAGCAGCCAUAGUCUAGAGUCCAUCACCUUGUCUGGAGAUGAAAGCAAUCACGAGAUAGGAAACGUGUGUGUGCAACUGAGGUAUGAGGAGGCGGUGGAGCAGGUGUGGAUCACCUUGGUAAAGUGUACAGGGUUAAAUGCGUACACUGAAGGGGUUGAGCCUCAGAGGAUUGGGGUCAAAGGGGUCAUCACUAUGACGAAGCAAGUGCGGUUUAAAAGUACGGUCAAAGAAGCAUCAGUGGACACUGACUUCAUGGAGACAUUUGUAUUCACUCUGAACCUAGAGCAGGUACGCAGGUCGGCACUGGUGCUGCGUCUGCAGGCUUACACACCACGCAAACGUACAGUCGGAGAGUGUGUGUUAUCUCUCCGAAACCUUGGACCGCAGGAAACACAGCACUGGCUGGAGUUCAGGAGCCACACUAAAACACAUGUAUGCCGUGCUGAGCUUCAGCUAGGUUUGUGCUUUCAGCCAGUGAGCAGUAGAAUGCAACUCCAGAUCCUCAGUGCUCAAAACCUCCCAUCAUCAUCCUCACCACUUAUACAGAGUUUCUUUGUGAGGGUGGACAUGCUUAGUGAUGGCAGGUUUUUGCUAAAGAGGAAGACAAAGGCGAUAAAGUCAUCAGGGGGGCAUGUACAGUGGGGGGAGGUGCUUUUUUUCCCGAUCACCAAUCAGGACAAGAAUCUUCAGCUGUCAGUCAAACUCUACAAAUGUGCCUCUGUACGGAGAAAACAUCUGCUUGGACAGAUACUCUUGGGUUUUGACAGCAGUUCUACAGAGGCAGUGGAACAGUGGAGAGAUUCCACAACUCAUCCAGAAAAAGUAGUGACAUUAUGGCACAGACUCAGUCGACCCUGAAAGAAAGAAGAAAUGAAUGAGAGAGCGAGAAUGACUGUAAAAGUGGCGGUGGAGAAACCGGUCCAAUCAGAAGUAAUAUGUUCACUUGCCCCUCACUCUUGUAUUUGAUAAUUCAGUUACACAAUUAUCAUAGUUGAAAUUUUUUUAUCAUCAUCUACCCACCCUCAUGUUGCUCAAAAGUUCUCCUGCGAAAGGCAAAAGAAAUAUAAAGGAUGCUGUUUUCCAUUCAUUGAUGAUUCAUGGCUAUGACGUUUUAAUUUGGGAUUAUUAAAAAACUAUAUUAUAUUGGCCGAACAAAAAUGAAGCAUUAGGCUUAGACAAGUUUUUAUGGUCUUUGGUCAUAUCUCGCCUGAGCAUCGGGUGAGCCAGGACUUUUUAAAAUAUUUAUUUUUUUUAAAUACUGAUUUGUAGAUACUGUAGAUGUAGAUGUAGUUUCUAUGUUCUUUACUGAGUUAUUACAUAAUGUGUAUAUACAGCAUAUAAAAUGAAUAACAUGGGAACAGUAUAGACAUAGAUGUUAGGUGAAUUUGAAUUAUAAAAUGAUACACAACAGAUUACAGUGUCUGUGAUAGCAUUUAAACAGUGUAACAAAGCAGUACUAUUAUUAGUGUAGCAGCAAUAUAUCAGACAGUCAGCUAAUAUCCUUUAAAGGGGACAUAUCAUGAAAAUUGGACUUUUCCAUGUUUAAGUGCUAUAAUGGGGUCCCCAGUGCUUCUAUCAACCUAGAAAAUAUGAUAAAGAUCAACCCAUUUACUUAGUUUUAAUAAAUCAUUCUCUGGAAGCAUGUGAAAAUAGGUUAUUGAAAUGUGGCUCCCCUUGUGAUGUCAGAAGGGGAUAUAAUUAUAAUAAUACCGCCCCUUAAUCUUCACUAUCCAACGGCACUGCCAUUUAGUGCAGAGAGAAAAUAAUGAACAGCACAAUUGAGUUUCAAUUUCAACAAACCACCAUUAUGGUGAUCAGUGUUUGCUUUUCAUCAGCUCAUUUGCAUUUUAAAGGACACACCCCAAAUUUUGCUCACACUGACAAAGUGGCUAUUUUAAAAUGCUAUAAUAAAUUAUCUGUAUGGUAUUUUGAGAUUAAACUUCACAUAUGUACUCUGGGACACUAUAGAUUUAUUUAAAAAGUCUUGUGAAAUGUCCCCUUUAAGAAUUCAUAAGUAAAGUAUUAAAUGCAGUAUUCUUCCUCUCCAUGCAACAUCAGGAGAGCUAAGUUAAUGUUCAUUGAAAACAGAUCUCUACAGUUUCUGAUGCCAAGUGAUUAUGGUGAUGAUUAAUGCAUGUUCACUUACUGUUAGAUGAAGACAAACCUGUUUAAAUGUAAAAAUUCUGAUGUUUUUCCUGUGUUGAGGCUGGAGGUGAAAACUUUUAGACGUUUAGGAGGACUUGAGUUACAUUCCCGUUCACGUGGUGGAACUCAAUCCUUCAAUUCAAUGCCUUCUAGUUCCUUUCACAGAGGAAGAGAAGACAAACGAAAGAGAAAUACUGCAACAAAGAGACUUUUGUUUACACUGGCAUUUUGUUUCCCUGCAUGUUUUCUGCUGCUCUUAAUUCAAGGUGACCUAAUUUUCUAAGAAUUCAGUUGUGCACAGAUGACAGUAGCUUAUAGUCUUCAUAUUUAAGCAGGAAUAUUGUAUGGGUUGCUGUAGUUAGACAUGGAGGUGUUUUAACAGACAUGAAGAAGCAACAUUUAUUUUUUAUUGAUUGUAUUUUUGUGUGCAUGUAUACAAAGAUUUUGUCUGAUCAUAAUCUGGCAACAUGUUUUUGCAAAAAAAUCAGAUCAAAUCACACUGGGAAAGAAUUUGACAUUUCCAAUUUUUAUGGACAUUUUAUGAAACACCUAACCUUUUUUAUAUGCUGUUUCAUUGUGUUUGUCAUUGUGUAAACAGCAAUGUUGCAGUAAAUUUAUUUUAAGUAAUUGAUCAUUUGUGCUGUUCAUUGUCUAUUAUAACAGAGUUGUGCAUUACUAUUUCAACCUGGCUGAUGGCUGAACAAUAAUUUAGUUCACAGUUUGAUGACAAGUUUGAUUUCAAGUUAAAAUCACAAAAAAAUGAGUUGUAUUGUCACACUUUUAGUGGUUUUACCAACAACGGCCACUAGGUGUCAUUGGUUUCCUGCAUACUAUUGUCACAAAUUUAUAAAUUACUGUCACUGCAUUAUUAUUAAUGCAAAAAGAAUAAACUAUUUCUGACAGUCAA